AUGGCGAUGCCUUCUACCAACGCAACAGAUGCACAUGGCCUUUUCGCUACUUACAAGGCCAUCAAAUUUCUACUCAUAAACACCAUCAUCGGCAGCUGCGUCUACCUCAUCUUCUCCGCAUUUCCAAAAACAAAGCAUCACGCCUUCCACUACACCAUCAUCGUCCUCCUCCUCCUCCUCCGCGUUAUCUACCUCGUUUACAACUGCUUCACUCCACGCAGAUAUACGCUGCAGGUCCUGUACUAUGUCAAACGAGAGAUGGCGAAGAAAGGUGUGACAUAUGAGGUCAUGGAGGGCCGGAUUGGAGAGCUAGAAGGCACACAGAAGAUGUGCGCUAAGGAUUAUAGGAAUUUGAUGGGUGCGGUGGACAAAGCAGUGUCGGAACUGGAUGAUGAGGAGCGCGGAGAGUAA